ACACGCGCCGUGGACCCGAAGCGAAUGAAGAAAAGAGAAAGAGAGAGAGAGAAAGAGAGAGAAUGUGUGUAUGUGAGCGCGCAUCGAGGAGCUGGGCAAGCGAGCAUCUGCCCUCGCCAGUGUCGUCUCGGUCGUCUCGGGAUCCUCGAUCGGUACAGAGAGGGACUCCCUGUUGGUCGAGGGUACUCCCUUGUUGCUCACUCGAGGAGUAAGAGAAAAUCCUCGCACGGGAGAGUUGGCACGUGAGAUAUCGUAUCGUGAUCGAUCUCUCGUGUCUCUUGCGCGUGUUCUAUCCUCUCCUGCCCACCCCCUCCCCGCUCCCUCGUUCCCUCCUCGUUCCUCGCCGGCCACGGAUCGGCCACAUCCAGGAUUACGCAUCGACGAUCGAGCGAGGAUUACCGCCGCGAGAUUCCCUGUUCGGGGAGGAAGGAAAGUAAGAAGGAGGAGAAGGCGAAUAUUGGGAAGAGGAUUUCGGUGGAGAAGUGGUGUUGUUGCUAGGUGUUGUUGAUCACCGGUGCGAUUGUGGACCACCUGUGAAUCUAUGGUGAUCGAUGGAUGUGGGAUGUAAACGUGUACGUACGUUUUACGAGUUUUUGUUUCACUGUAACCCCGCGUUUCCCGCCCUUCGUUUCUCUCUCUCUCUUUCUCUCCCCCUCUCACUCUCUCUCUCUCUUUCUCGUCGAGCGAAGCGUGAAAUUGGGCGAAUCAACAGGGGAACGGGACGACGAUCGAGUUUGCACCCCGAUGUUUGCACGGAUGAUGAUGACGAUGAUGAUGAUGAUGGUGAUGGUGGUAGUGAUGGUGAUGGUAAUAUCGCGGCCGAUGGAAAGAUAAAUGGGAGUAUUCGUGGAACGUAUUGUUCGAGAACUUUGUGCGCUCUACCGUGGUGUGUGUAUCGAUUAAUAAUAAUACGAUAAUAAAUUAAGAGGGGGAGACGAAAAUCGACCAGGAUUCUCGUUAGGCUUUUUUAAUCUUUCUCUCUCGUGGAUUAUAAGAAAGAAGUGAAUAAUCGGAUGUUUAGCGGUGUAAUGCUUGCUCGGCGGUUUGUAUAAUAAUCAUGGUUUACUUUUCGCCCAAAAUCGAGCUACGGAAUCGUACGUUAAUUAACGGAUUACGGGCGAGGAAGGAUUAUUAUUAAUUAAUUUUCACUCGUGUUAUUAAUUCGUGGACUUUUCCUUAUUAUAUCGAAUUAAGUACGUGCAUCGAGUAAUGAAUCUCGCAAUGGUUAAUCCCGAUUAUAGCGAAUAUAAUAAUUAAUAUAUUCCAUGGAUGAAGGAUUUUCUUUUCAAGAAAAGCGUGCACGUUGUUCGACAUUGUGUCCCAGAAUUCAAAAGACCGCGACGAUCGUAUAUAUAACCUAUUCUUUGUCCCAGAGUUAUAAAAUUUUUUAUCGAUCAACGUGCAAGAAAUUUUCGUUCUUUCUCCUUCCAUCUUCUUUUUUUUCUUUUUUCAUGCGCGCUUUAACUUUUUAGAGAUUAGUGCGUUCAAUCGCUCGUGCAGAUUUUUAACGAGGCACGAGGUAAAUUUUAAUCUCGCGAACGAAGAGGAUACGCGUGGAGGAAACGUGAACGAACAAAUUUCGAUCUACGAUUAAUUAAACUUUUUUUUUUCCUCGCGCAACAAUUCGUUUUUCAUUUUCGUGAUUUUUCAACGGAAAAAGAAAGAUCGUUCGAUAAUUUUAUAAAUAUUUGGAGAAUAUCUUUUGAGAAAAAUGUGGGUCGCGAGAGAAUUAAGAGAGUAAUAGAUGUGAAGGGAGGCAAUCGAUGAUUAUUUGACGCCCUGAAAGAACGAGAUCGGCAUGAAGUACUUGAAAAUCGUUCUGUUUACGUUCAACUUAUUGAUAUGGUUGGCCGGGUGUACGGUACUGAUGAUAGGAGCAUGCUUGCUGCUGGAGCCAAGCAAAGGUCACCUGUUAAAUCUCUUCGUGCACGACGCCACACCGCACGAUACUAUUAAUCUGAUAGCUUACAGUUUGCUCGGCCUCGGUUUCACCGUGUUGACAGUCGGUUUCUUUGGAUGUCGCGCCGCUCUCCACGGAAGCCAGUGCAUACUGGCCACCUACAUGAGCAUGCUCGUGGCGCUGAUCGUCACGGAGCUUGUCACCGCGGCUGCCGGCGGUAUAAUGACAUUUCGAAUACUUUCCGGACUGGAGGAGCGUCUAAUCAGCAAAUUAGCCGUUGGCUACGGCCACGAGCCGACCAGCGACAUCCCUUUCAGCCACAGUCUUGACUUCGCCCAAUACAAGUUUAAUUGCUGCGGAAUUCACGGAUACGGGGAUUACAACGGCACGGCAUGGUGGAGGGACGCGCAAAUUUCGGGGAACAGAAGGCAGGUCCCCCUCACGUGCUGCGUUUUAAAAAAUACAGAGGUGAAAAAUACGGGAAGCCCAAUGAGCGUUGUGUCGAGAGUAUUCAACAAACAUACCGAGAAACCGUGGUUGAAUCCAAAGCCGAAGGACGAGCUAGCCUGUCAAAUAGAGGACAAAGAAGGUCACGAUGGAUAUAGACAUCAAGAGGGCUGCCUUCUCAAAGUUACAAGUUGGCUGCAAUGCGAGAGUUUCACAUUGGUAUUCCUGGGAAUGGCGAUGGCUGGGAUACAAACAUUUGGUAUAAUAACCUCGGCUUUUCUUUGCCGAACGAUAAGGGAGAUGCAAGUGGAUUGAAACUCUUGGGAUGGCAAAAGCACAAAAGAAGGGAGGGAAACCAAUUUCCAGACCUCUGUCGAGUUUUUGAGGAGAUCAAACGACGCAUUAUUCUGAUGUUUCAUCCGUUCACUUUCGACGAUUCUGCGGUGGAAAUAUUCGUUCGAGGGAACAACGAUACAUACGUGAUAAUAAUAACAUGGAUAUUUCGAGCAGAUUUCGCAAAGCCGCGUUUACAUUGAAACACAACAUUUCCAUUCGAUCGAUCGAUUCUUAAAAAUGAAAUUUGUCAUAUUUUCGUUCGAACGUCGAGUUUGUUCAAUUUCACGAUCGUUUAUAAAAAAAAAAAAACAUAGCCUAAAUGUAAACGUUGCUUAAGAGAUUGUCGAGUCUCUUUAAAACGAUCCUUUUUUUUUUUUGAUUUUUUAAAAACACUCAAUGAUCGUGGAAUUUAUAUCGUAUAGAUUGAAAGUGUGCUUGCUCGGAACCUUCCAGCCCAUUCCCGUCCCUUGUAUGUGUGUUUCGUUAUAAAAUAUCGUAUCGUGACGAAACGGGAGAAAGAUGUCUGCAUCAAUUCUGUACAUAAAAAUAUUAUUCCACUCGUGUUCGUUCUGAAUAUGAAAACACGCUACGAUUCUCAAACCGAUCGUUUACCAUACGACUCGUCAUUCGAAUAAUAUCGAAACUGAAAGGUUAUUAAUUCAAACUACUCGAGUAUCCCGAAUGUUUAUAUCUGAAUAUCUCGUGGAACAAUCGAGAACGUCGAAUCUAACGCCACUCGUGCUUCGGCUAUGUUCGACCAACAUCGGUUAAGUAGUCGAAGAUGGCCGAAACACGAUCGGCUUCUAUCGGGUGUCGAGUCGCUUCGAUGGACGAAGCGUUGUAUAGAACCGCGAGUCCAUUCGAAGAAGUUUUUAUUCCGAAAGUUUCGAACAAUUUGAACAAUUUGUCUGUUCGAUGAGCGUUCGAGUACUAGUGAGUGAUAGUUUGAAAUAACAACACCGAUCGAAAAGUUUCGAUAUAUUCUUGCGUAUGAGAUAAAAACGUACCAAACGUCGCAGUGAACCAAAGUUUGAAUUACGGGUACAUCUGUAAAUAUGUAUCGCGCAACAACGACGAGAAAGGUUGAGAUGAAAGUUCGAAUUCGAUGAAACAAUGAACAGCAUCGACAGAUCUGUCGUUUUUCUUACUUUUUCUCGCGGGAUGCGAUAUGCAAUUUUUCAUACGAGACUCACGUGAUUUAUACGAUACAUUGGCAAGCGCAUAUGUUCGAAACCACUUUGCGAUUUUUUACCGAGGAACAAAAAAUAUCGAAAAAUACCGUCGAAGAGUGAAUGUACGCAAUAUCGAUGUAUAAGUGUGUGAUAGAAAUUUGUGUAGUUGACGUAACAACAAACUGCUUAAGAAAAAAAGUUGACGCGCAUCCAAAUAAAACGAAAUGAAAGAAAGCAAAGAAAAAAAAAACACGUAACGUAUUCUAUCAUAGUGUUCGCAAUGUCGACAGAAGAAAACAUUUUUACGUUGGAUAAUUGUUACAAAAGAGGAAAAAGAAAAGAAAUAUAUCUGUUACAAUAAUUCGUGCCAAAUAGAUGAUACAUAUAUACAUAUAUAUACAUAUAUAUAUAUCUUGCGAUGAGUGAAUUUAACUUUGUUACAUCUUUAUUUUCUAAUGAAAUUUGUUGGAAAGUAUUUGACGCGUGCGUAAAAAAGAAAAAAAAAGUAUAUAUAUAUAUAUAGUAGAAAAAUAAAAUAAUUGCUCUCUGUAAA